GCCGCCCGGAGCGCGGAGCCGCAGGAGCGGAGCCGUGUUAGCGGCGCUGCUGGAAGAUGGCGAGCGGCUGGGACCUACGGCGGCUCUGGCGGCUGGGACGCCUGCGGCUGCCGCUGUGCCUGCUGCUCCUGCUGCUGCUGCUGAGAAGCUCGGCCUGGGCGGCGCACAUCAAGAAGGCGGAGGCGACGACGACGACGAGUGCGGGCGCCGAAGCGGCCGAGGGCCAGUUCGACCGCUACUACCACGAAGAGGAGCUGGGCAAGGCGCUGAAGGAGGCGGCGGCCGCGGGGUCCCCCGGCCUGGCGCGCCUUUUUAGCAUCGGCCGCUCGGUGGAGGGCCGGCCGCUGUGGGUGUUGCGUCUCACGGCCGGCGUGGGGCAGCUGCUCCCGCCGGGAGACGUCGCGGGGCCGGACGCUGCGGGGCCGCUGCUGCCCGGCCGGCCGCAGGUGAAGCUGGUGGGCAACAUGCACGGCGACGAGACUGUGUCGCGCCAGGUGCUGGUCUACCUGGCCCGCGAGCUGGCGUCUGGUUACCGCCGCGGGGACCCGCGCCUCGUCCGCCUGCUCAACACCACCGACGUCUACUUGCUGCCCAGCCUCAAUCCCGAUGGGUUCGAACGCGCCCGUGAGGGCGACUGCGGCCUCGGUGACGGCGGCCAGUCCGGGGUCAGCGGCCGCGACAACAGCCGCGGCCGUGACCUCAACCGCAGCUUCCCGGACCAGUUCAGUACCGGCGAGCCCCCUGCUCUGGACGAGGUACCCGAGGUGCGCGCCCUCAUCGACUGGAUCCGCAGGAACAAGUUUGUGCUUUCUGGAAACCUGCAUGGUGGCUCGGUGGUUGCAAGCUACCCUUUUGAUGAUUCACCAGAGCAUAAGGCCACUGGAAUCUAUAGCAAAACCUCAGAUGAUGAAGUCUUUAAAUACUUGGCAAAAGCUUAUGCUUCAAACCACCCCAUCAUGAAAACUGGUGAGCCUCAUUGUCCAGGAGAUGAAGAAGAAACCUUCAAGGAUGGGAUCACAAAUGGCGCACAUUGGUAUGAUGUAGAAGGUGGUAUGCAAGAUUACAAUUAUGUGUGGGCCAACUGUUUUGAGAUCACAUUAGAACUGUCUUGUUGCAAAUACCCACCUGCUUCACAGCUGCGACAGGAAUGGGAGAACAAUCGCGAGUCUUUGAUCACGUUGAUUGAAAAGGUCCACAUUGGAAUUAAAGGAUUUGUUAAAGAUUUAGUAACAGGAUCGGGGUUAGAGAACGCAACCAUUUCAGUGGCUGGUAUUAAUCAUAAUAUCACAACAGGCAGAUUUGGUGAUUUCUACAGAUUACUUGUUCCUGGAAUUUAUAAUCUUACAGCAGUUUCAACUGGAUAUAUGCCACUGACUGUUAAUGAUAUAAUGGUUAAAGAAGGACCAGCUACAGUGGUGGAUUUUUCCCUUCGGCCAGCAGUGACUUCAGUGGUCUCUGUCACAACUGAUGCUUUAGCAACUGCUAGCACAGUUGCUGGCCCUAAUAUUGCUCCUGGAACACCCUCUUCUCACCAGCCAAUUCAGCCAAAAGAUUUUCACCACCACCAUUUCCCUGAUAUGGAAAUCUUCUUGAGAAGAUUUGCCAAUGAAUAUCCUAAUAUCACUCGCCUUUAUUCCUUAGGAAAAUCAGUAGAGUCGAGAGAACUAUAUGUGAUGGAGAUAUCUGAUAAUCCAGGUGUCCAUGAACCAGGUGAACCAGAAUUUAAGUACAUUGGAAAUAUGCAUGGAAAUGAAGUUGUUGGUAGAGAACUGCUACUGAACCUCAUUGAAUACCUUUGUAAGAACUUUGGAACAGAUCCUGAAGUAACAGAUUUGGUUCAUAGUACUAGAAUUCACCUUAUGCCAUCCAUGAAUCCUGAUGGAUAUGAAAAGUCCCAGGAAGGAGAUUCAUUAAGUGUAAUUGGCAGAAACAACAGCAAUAACUUUGACCUGAACCGAAAUUUCCCAGACCAGUUUGUUCAGAUCACAGAUCCCACCCAACCAGAAACUAGUGCUGUAAUGAGCUGGAUGAAGACCUAUCCAUUUGUGCUGUCAGCAAACCUACAUGGAGGUUCUUUGGUUGUUAAUUACCCUUUUGAUGAUGAUGAACAAGGAAUUGCCACAUAUAGUAAAUCACCAGAUGAUGCUGUGUUUCAACAAAUAGCACUUUCUUAUUCUAAGGAAAAUUCCCAGAUGUUUCAAGGUAGACCUUGCAAGAAUAUGUACCCUAAUGAAUAUUUUCCUCAUGGAAUAACAAAUGGAGCUAAUUGGUAUAAUGUCCCAGGUGGUAUGCAGGACUGGAACUAUUUACAAACAAAUUGUUUUGAAGUAACAAUUGAACUAGGUUGUGUGAAAUAUCCAUUUGAGAAAGAGCUGCCAAAGUUUUGGGAACAGAACCGAAGAUCUCUAAUCCAGUUUAUGAAACAGGUUCAUCAGGGUGUCAAAGGAUUUGUCCUUGAUGCCACAGAUGGCAGGGGUAUAUUAAAUGCCACCAUUAGUGUUGCUGAAAUUAAUCACCCAGUGACUACUUACAAAACUGGAGAUUACUGGCGGCUUUUGGUUCCAGGAACUUAUAAAAUCACAGCAUCUGCUCGAGGGUAUAACCCAGUUACCAAGAAUGUGACCAUCAAGAGUGAAGGUGCUAGUCAGGUCAACUUCACACUUGUUCGAUCCUCAACAGAUUCAAACAAUGAAUCAAAGAAAGGAAAGGGGGAUAGCACCAGUGCUGAAGAUACCAGUGACCCAACUACUAAAGAGUUUGAAGCUUUAAUCAAAGACCUUUCAGCUGAAAAUGGUUUGGAAGGCCUCAUGUUAAGCUCUUCCUCAAAUUUGGCUCUUUAUCGAUACCAUUCAUACAAAGACUUAUCAGAAUUUUUGAGAGGACUUGUAAUGAAUUAUCCACAUAUUACCAAUCUUACCACUUUGGGACAGAGUGCUGAAUAUCGUCAAAUUUGGUCCCUUGAAAUCUCCAAUAAGCCCAACAUAUCUGAGCCUGAAGAACCAAAAAUUCGUUUUGUUGCUGGUAUCCAUGGAAAUGCACCAGUUGGAACUGAACUGCUUUUGGCUCUGGCAGAAUUUCUCUGCCUGAACUACAAAAAGAACCCAGCUGUUACCCAAUUGGUUGACAGGACUAGGAUUGUGAUUGUCCCUUCUCUAAAUCCAGAUGGACGAGAGCGAGCACAAGAGAAAGACUGUACUUCAAAGACAGGACAAACAAAUGCCCGUGGCAAAGACUUGGAUACAGAUUUUAUAAAUAAUGCCUCCCAGCCUGAGACUAAAGCCAUCAUUGAAAAUUUGAUUCAAAAACAGGUCUUCAGUCUUUCCAUUGCUUUAGAUGGUGGUUCUGUGCUGGUCACAUACCCAUAUGACAAGCCAGUACAGACAGUGGAAAACAAAGAGACUCUGAAGCAUUUGGCUUCUCUUUAUGCAAAUAACCAUCCAUCAAUGCACAUGGGUCAGCCCAGUUGCCCAAAUAAGUCAGAUGAGAAUAUACCUGGAGGAGUAAUGCGUGGAGCAGAAUGGCACAGUCACCUGGGCAGCAUGAAGGAUUAUAGUGUCACCUAUGGCCAUUGCCCAGAAAUCACAGUGUAUACAAGCUGCUGCUACUUUCCCAGUGCAGCACAACUCCCUUCCCUGUGGGCAGAAAAUAAAAAGUCUCUUCUUAGCAUGUUGGUAGAGGUUCACAAGGGAGUUCAUGGAUUUGUUAAAGAUAAGACUGGAAAACCAAUCUCUAAAGCCGUCAUUGUAUUCAAUGAAGGAAUAAAAGUAUACACAAAAGAGGGAGGUUAUUUCCACGUACUGUUAGCUCCAGGUGUCCAUAACAUCAAUGCUAUUGCUGAUGGGUAUCAGCAACAACAUUCACAGGUCUUUGUGCAUCAUGAUGCAGCUAGUUCUGUGGUAAUAGUUUUUGACACAGAUAACCGGAUAUUUGGCUUGCCAAGGGAGCUUGUGGUAACUGUAUCAGGUGCCACCAUGUCAGCAUUGAUCUUAACAGCUUGCAUUAUUUGGUGCAUAUGCUCAAUCAAGUCUAACAGACACAAGGAUGGCUUUCAUCGGCUCAGACAACACCAUGAUGAGUAUGAAGAUGAAAUUCGUAUGAUGUCAACUGGCUCCAAGAAGUCCCUCCUAAGCCAUGAAUUCCAGGAUGAAACGGACACUGAAGAGGAAACCUUAUAUUCUAGCAAACAUUGAUACAUACACGUGGCAUAUCUCCCAGCUUCAGUACCAACCAAAAGAACAGUUCCUCUUGGGAGACACUGCAUUAGAAGAAACUAUCUUGCUUCUUCAAAGAGCUUUGGGAAGUUAACUUGCUAAAUUUAUAUUCUCUGUGAAUUUCACUGGCAGUUUUGAACUUCCCUCCUUCAAAGUACUCUUAACCUUUUCAAAAAAUCUGAUUUCUAUUUAUGCAGCAGAGAUGGGACAGCUACUUUGUUUUUCUUUUUAAUUUAAGAUGAGCUGUUUAGAGCUUAUAUAAUAACAGCAUAAAGCCAACUAGUGGAUGUUGUAUUUUGCACAUCAGGUAUUUACUAGUGGCUUUAGCUUUUUUUCUUUAUUUUAAAGGCCAAAAGAAUCCAGAAAUACUAAGGCAGGGACAGCAGUCAGACUCUGACAUAAAGCUUUAAAAACUCAAGGUUUUUUCAACCUACUGAGGAGUACUCUUCUCUAGUUAUUAAAUAGCUAGAGUUUCUCAUUCAGGUUUAAUGGAGGUUGAAUGAUCUUUAAACAUAUGUGACAUUAGGAAAUGAAUGAAAUUAGGGCUUCCGAAUUUGUUUUUCUACCUGUUUCCAGGCUAGAUCAGAACUGAUGGGCUAUGCUGUAAGCAGGAUUUCACUACCUCUCUUGUAAGGUUCAGCAAAGUUCUAAAUAUUCCCAUUUUAAGGGCGAACUCAUUGACUUUGUUGUGAAAGAUCUAAAUGUCCACUUGAAUGGAGGUGAGAGGGAUACCUAGCAAAAGCUGCAACUCAUGUUGCCUAUCUUUUAACUUGGUAAAACCCACAGGUGCUGCUGCUUUUAUCUGUGAAGCACUAGUUUAUUCUAGGAAAGCCUAAUUAAUAUUUCCAAAAUGCGAACCUUUUUCUACGUUGUACACUUAUGGUUUUCAGAUGACCCAGCCAUCUACAAGUUCUGAAUUCUAAUGAAAAUAUCUGGAAGUGUGGAUGAAACCUGUUUGCACAUUCUUAACCUACAUUUGUACACAAAAUAUCUACACUUCGUGCUCCAGCCCCAGCCUUCGCCCUGUAGAGCAUACUGUUAUUGAACCAGCUCUGCCAGUCUUGUUCUCAUGAGCCUCUGCAAGUGAUUGGGUUCUUUGUCCUACUAUUUCAUUUGACAGUCUCUUUUUCUGACCAACCAAUUUUGUUUAAAAAAGUUCAGUUAAACACUUUAAAAUAUAGUUCCCUCCAUUAAAAAAUGUAAACUAAGGACUGUUGUGUGAUAUAACACUGUGGUGUAAAAGUGUCAUCUUCACUGCCAGUCAGGCCCAAGACCUGAAAGAUUUGCAUUUUAUUGUGACUGUCUUAUGCUGUUCAGUGGAAAUGAUGCUUUUGUAAGUAUGAGUCUUACCAAUGACGUAAUGGUUUAAUGGUUGAAUGUUUUAAUGGCCAAGUUGCUGCUGAAGUUGUACUAAAUCAGGGGAUCAAAAAAACUAGCUCUUAUCUUUUAAAAUUGUACUCAUAUCCAUUGAUGUAUCAGUUUUCCCAAAGCUUUCCUGUGGAGUUUACUCAACUCACCAAGGUCAUUCAACCAGGUUUUGUGAGGAGUACAUCCAAAGUGGCUUUAUAAAAUAGAGAUCUUGUUUAG